UCAGCGGGAGGAGGGGAUGAUCUCCGCCUCCGCGGGUUGCUGUUGACCCGGGUGCCCGGCGGUUCCCGUUCGGCCCUCUCUUGGCUCUCCGACCGAGCUUUCGAGGCUGUCCGCGGGCGGAGCAAUGCAGCACCCGGGUCCCCCCAAAGCGUCGCCUCCGGUGCAGCCGCUCUACGCUCCCAAUAACGGCGAUUUCACCUUCGUCUCCUCGGCCGAUGCCGAAGAUCUAAGUGGCUCAAUAGCAUCUACAGAUGUGAAACUCAACCUUGGAGGAGGAAAUGUGGAAUUUAUGAAAGAAUCCACAGCAACCACCUUCCUGAGGCAAAGAGGUUAUGGCUGGCUUUUAGAAGUAGAAGAUGAUGACCCUGAAGAUAAUAAACCACUCUUAGAAGAAUUAGACAUUGAUCUGAAGGAUAUAUACUACAAAAUUCGGUGUGUCUUGAUGCCAAUGCCUUCUCUUGGAUUCAACAGACAAGUAGUAAGAGAUAAUCCUGACUUCUGGGGCCCUUUGGCUGUUGUCUUAUUCUUCUCAAUGAUAUCAUUAUAUGGACAAUUCAAGGUGGUAUCCUGGAUUAUAACUAUUUGGAUAUUUGGAUCCUUAACAAUCUUCCUGUUGGCCAGGGUUCUUGGAGGAGAGGUUGCAUAUGGCCAAGUUCUUGGAGUGAUUGGAUAUUCUUUACUUCCUCUUAUUGUAAUAGCACCUGUACUCCUGGUAGUUGGAUCAUUUGAAAUCGUUUCUACUCUAAUAAAACUUUUUGGAGUAUUUUGGGCUGCAUACAGUGCUGCUUCCUUAUUAGUUGGUGAAGAAUUUAAAACCAAGAAGCCUCUUCUGAUUUAUCCCAUCUUUUUAUUGUACAUUUAUUUUCUGUCUUUAUAUACUGGGGUGUGACCAAAAUUGCUAGAUUCAAACAAGGACAUUUUGAUCACCAUGAAGACUGAACUGUUGGUGGAUAGAAAAGGCAAGUGACUGUAUCCUAUCAGGCGGAUGAAGUUUCAAUAGUAUCCUUAAGUACAUCUGUGUAUUAUUAUUUAAGCAUUUUUAAUUAUAUUACAGAUUUAUACCAGAGUUUUAGGUAUGUUAGAUUUUUAAAGAAUAAGGAUGGUAACGUUUACAAACAUGCUGUUUGAAGAAACUUGUUACUUGUGCCAAAAGCACGAGGUCCAUAUGAUAGGUAAACUCUCAUGGAACUUGGAAAAAAUGAGUUAUCAUUUGAAACUAUAGUUCCCAUAAAUGUAUUUAUCAGCCAAUCCUCAUUGUUCCUAUAUUAUAAUGUGUAAUCUUGUCCAAUCUUGACUUGGCUAUUGUUAUCAAUUCUGAUUUAAAGUUUUAUGUUGAUCUUAGGAAAUUUCAUCGUAAAGGGGAUUUAUGGUUGUCAUUACCAUAACAUGAAAUUUUGAAGUAAUAUUUAGUAGUAUUUGAAGUAAUUCUUUUUUUAAAAAAAAGUUCUUGUAAAUAUGUCAUAGCAAAAUAUUGCUUUACAAAGUUGAUUUUGAAAUCUUUCAGAAAAAAAGUUUUUAUCUGCAGCUUUAUGAAAGUGGUAAGUGGAAAAAAGUUUAAAUAAAUAGUAUGAUUCUGAAAAAAAUCUUCAGUAGAAUAAACAUUGCUUUCUUCAAAAUUGAACUUGUUUUAUAACGCCUUGUUUUGCUGUUCGAUGUAAACUGGUUUGGGAUUGGUAAAAUUGUUAGCCGCAAAGUUGCAUUUGCAAUUUGAUUAUCAAGUUUAAUAUGAAUUGACAUUAUUGAAAUGGUUCUUUAAUAUAAUUGUAUAUUAGUCACAAAUAAAAAAGACAUUCUGCAUUAUUAAAUAAGGAUUUUCAUAGCAACGUUUAUCAUUUGCAAGGUACAUAUUGAAUCCAGUCUGCUUAUUCAGAUAAGUAGAUAUAGACAUACAAGUAAUUUUUGUCAAAUUUGAAAUCAAGGCAUAAAUUGCAUUGAGUUGUUCAUCCAAAUACAGAAACAAUUACUUUUGCAUUUUUUGAAUUUGAAUUUUGGAUGCACAUUGACAUCUGGCUGCAUUUAAAUAACUUAUAGCCAGGAGACUUUGGAACUGUACACUUUACAAAAUUGUUAACAUAUUAUCAUAUUGUUUUUCAAUAACUCUAAACAUUUUCAUAUCAAUUAAAUUUGAUUGUAUUUGAGUAAGAAGUUAAACACUUAAUAGAAAAAUAAGUAGCUACGAACUAUUCUGGCUAUUUGUUGAUUUUACUGACAAAUUCUCAAUUUCUGCCAUUUCUGUAAGUCGAGCAGCAGAUUUUUUAUCAUUAAGCAGAUAAAUUUAGACCUAACAUUCUCUUAUUUUGAUGGAAAUUAUCAGCAUUUAGGAAAAUAACUUAAAUCCAUUCCCUAUGUUAGAGUUUAUUAUUCAGCGCAUCCACAGGAUCUGGUUGCUUUUGUCAGAAUGAUAAAAGGAGCAUCACACUGCAAGCUCCAACACUUUGGGGCAGGUGUGCAAUGCAUGACAUAAGGAGUGUCACGAAACAGGGUGAGGCUUGUGCUGUAAUGCUGUUUUCAUCAGUCUUUCCUUCUACACCCCCUUCAUUUCAUUAGACCCAGUUUAUUUUUAUGAAUAUAUUCUUGGAAAUCAAAGCCAAGAAUAAAACAAAAAGGCUGUAAAAUGUGCCUUCUAAUAGUUCCCCCUCUACAUAAUUCUAAAAAUUGAAGAAUAACAGUUAUAUCUUCUUUUCAUAUGAAGGGAUACCUGUACUUGUAAAAGCUCUGGAACUGCUGCUUUCUGCUUAAAAACAGCCUGCGGUUUUCUGUGUAAUCAUGAUAGUGAUCAUUUUCAGAACCACAUAUUGAAUGGCCUCUAGAACAUCCAAUUCUAUGAUAGACUUUGAUUUACAGGGAAAAAAACCCACUAAAAUUGAAGAAAAACAUAAUGUAUGAAACUACACAAUAUUAUUUCUGUUUAAAAUGUAAGAUUUCAGUUUCAUCUACCCAUUUUAAUUCUUAAUACUCAAAUUCAGCUUUAUAUCAGAUAGCUAUGCCUAGAUGUAACACAGAUAUAUGGCAAUCUGGGCAAUAUCAGACUUCUCAUACUCAAUGCCCUGAACAUAUGCUGGGUUAAAGCUUCUGUCCAUUCUGUCCAGCAUGAUCUCAAAUUUAUGUAAUCAGCCAAACAUCAGAAGCAUACUUAAAUAGAAAAAUGUAUUUGGUAUAAAUGCUAAUUCAUUAAAAUAGUUAUUGUCUUAAUUGAUUAGAAACUGCUUUGGAUUAAAGUGUAUAUUAGGAUGCAAUAUUACUUUCUGUAAACUUGAGAGAACCCAUUAUGUUUCCAAGAUUCAAUAUCAUUUAAAUAUGCUGUAUAAAAGAAGCUUUGUCAACAGUU